AUGUACGCCCGCCGUGGACGCGGCGGCCCCAGCAAGGCGACGCCGGCCAGCUGCAAGGCCGCGCCUCAGGAGCGCCCCUACGUGCCUCGCCCGUCACGCACCCAGCAGCUGCUAAACCCAAAGCUCCGGCCUGAGCUGACCAACGACGCCCCUGAUGUGUUGCAGAAGAAGACCGGCGUCGCCGAUGCUGAGCUGGCCAAGAAGGCUGCCCAAAGGGAGAAGGACCUAAAGUCCCGACAGGACUCCGACUCGGGCUCCGAGUCUGACGAUGGCGGCGCGGCCAGGGCUGAUCGCCGUAGGGGUCGUCGCACAUCUCGGCGGCGGAGAGCGCGACAGGCCUCGGUCGUCAAGGAGACGCUCUCGGUCCCCGCGCUCUGCCCGGAGCUACUCUAG